AUGGUGAAGGAAGCCAUAGUCACACAAGCUGACAACUUUGUGGACCGGCCUUACAGCCCGAUGGUGACCAGAAUUUAUUCAGGAAACUCAGCGGGUCUUUUCUUCAGUAAUGGGAGAGUGUGGAGGAGACAGCGGCGUUUUGCCAUGACCAUGCUACGUACCUUUGGUCUGGCCAAGAGCUCCAUGGAGCGGAGCAUCUGUGAGGAGAGUCAUCAUCUGCAGGAGGCCAUGCAGAAGGAGAAAGGUGAGCCAUUCGACCCCGUGCCCCUCUUAAACAACGCUGUGGCCAACAUCAUCUGCCAGAUAGUGUUUGGGAGACGGUAUGAAUACGGCGACCACAACUUCCAGAGCAUGCUGAAGAGUCUGACUGAGAUGGCCUAUUUGGAGGGAUCCAUAUGGGCUCUACUUUAUGAUGCGUUCCCAGCUCUGAUGAAACUCCUGCCGGGGCCUCACUGUGGCAUCUUCAGCAGCUCCAGGUCUUUGGAGGCAUCUAUCAGAGGAGAGAUAGAGAGGCACAAGUUGGACCUGGACCCCAGCAACCCGCGAGAUUACAUCGACAGCUUCCUCAUAGAAGAGAAACACAACAGAAACAGUGAACUGCGCUUUGACGAUGACAACCUGGUUCUGUGUUGUCUGGAUCUGUUCCUGGCUGGUAGUGAGACCACUUCAAAGACCCUGCAGUGGGGCCUCAUCUACCUCAUCAACAACGCUCAAAUCCAGGAUAAAGUCCAUGCCGAGAUAGACAGAGUGAUCGGACAGAGCCGACAGCCCAGUAUGGCAGACAGACCCAACCUGCCCUACACUGACGCCGUCAUCCACGAGAUCCAGAGGAUGGGAAACAUUGUUCCUUUAAAUGGACUCCGAAUGGCUGCCAAGGAUACAACACUGGGUGAUUUCGUCAUACCCAAGAGAGGCCACGUGGUCACGCCAGCCACUGCAAGGUCCGUAUCACAGGCAGGAGAGACGGUAGAAACAGACGACAACAAGUGGAUCGUGCCAAGUCACCACCACACCACACUGCGCACCACAUACACCUAA